AUUUUAACCGUACAAAUUCUAUAAUAAAAACAAAUUAUAUCAAAAUUGUUAAAAGUUUGGUUUAUGAAAAAAGAAAAUCCCUAUUAAUUAUUCAUUUCUUCCCAACCAAGAAUGCCCUAAUUGAAAACAGGUAUUUUUGUCAACAGUAAUAAGAAAUAUACGAGUCAAUUUACAGGAAAGAUGUGAUAGCAAUAGUAAAAUCAACCAAAUUUUAAGAGAAACAAACGCAAAGGUUAACAAGAAAAAAUUAAGAGUUUUAGAUAUAUCAAAAACCCAGACUAAAAAAAUGGAUGUUUUCAAGUGGCAGCCCAAUUAUUUUCAAUGGCUUUUAGUGCUAUCGUUGCUGCAUCAAACAAAAACCCCCGAGUUUAGAGGAGAAAUCAAGAAAUAUGCAUUUAACCCAUGUUGUUAUUUUCCCUGUAAAAAUGGAGGAAUUUGUAAUGAAGGAAAGAGUGACUAUUUUUGCGACUGCACACACACCGGAUUCUAUGGGAAAACUUGCAAUUUCAGAAUUUGGUCACUAUUCUUCUGGAACAAAUUGGACAACUUGUUAGAAUAUUUACUUUUUAACCCACUUUCUUCUUUUAUCAUAAACAAUCUUGAUUUUCUUCAUACAAUUUUUCACUCCAUUUUUGUCGAAAAUUUAGUAGAAAAACUUGAAGGCCACUAUUUCUCUUCGACGAGUAGCCAGUAUUUGAAUCUUGCCAAUGCAUACAACACAUGUAUCGGUACACAGCUACUUCCGCCAGUUCCUAACUUUUGCCCGACUCCCUUGGGAAAUCAAGGUUUGAAAAAGUUGCCUUCAGUAGAUACAGUCUUUAAAAACCUACUAGAAAGGAAUGAUUUUGUCAAAAAUAGAAAGUCGUUGAAUUUACUUUUUGUCAUAUUCGGUCAAAAUUUGGCCUUGCAAUUUAAGCACUGUAAUUAUGUAACUUGGAUAACAUGCUCACAGAUUUAUAGUCAAAAUGAAAGAUCUUACAAGCAAGGAAAGCUUACAACUCAUAUUAAACAAGGAGAAGAAUUCCCUAAGGUUUCGAGAGAUCAAUUAGGUUGGAUUGCUAGAGGUGAAAGAGCAAAACCAAAUUAUUUAGUGAGCCAAAACACAUUGACUUUUUUAAUCUCUACUAUUUGGCUAAGAGAACAUAAUCGCAUCUGCGAUACAUUAUUAUCGCUCUGGCCUGACUGGGAUGACGAAAAGUUGUUUCAGACCGCUCGAAAUAUCGUCACUGGUGAACUUCUGGCAAUCACUUACUCAGAGUGGAUUAAAUGUUUUUCUCAUGUCCCAAUCGAUCUACGGUACAAACCGCUAAAAUACCCUUCUAUAGUAUCGAAUACUGUACCAAUUGAAAUAUAUAUGGCAUUUCAUUGGCCCCAUACAUUUCCUGAUGAAUUUCCACUCGAUGAAAUACCGACAAAUUCGAGUAAUUUAAUUUUAGCAUUAGAGCCUUCACAAAUUUACAAGCACGGAGUAUACAAAAUGCUAGCGUCACUUGCAAAAAUGCAGGCAGGACAGGUAGGACCACAAAGUAUUAGUAAAAAUUUGGCUGGUGUUACAAAAAUGCUAAUCAAUGAAGGGAGGUAUUACAAAUUACCGAGUUUUAACCAAUACAGAUCCUACUUCAAACUUCGCAGGUAUAGGAAAUUCAGUGAACUUGUAGGAAAUAAAAAACUGAAUGCUGAGUUGACAAAAAUGUAUGGGAAUGUAGACGGACUUGAAUUUAUCACAGGUUUGUUUUUGGAAUCUAGUAAUGACUGUCAUAUGCUCGGUGAAACGGCUGAUCACCUCAUUACAAACUGGCUUCUUAAGGCGAUAAUGACACAUCCACUAUCUACUGACAAAUUUUGGAAAUCUACCAGCAUGGGAGGGAAAAUCGGACUUAAAAUAAUAAAAGGGGCAAAUCUAAGGGAUUUGAUUUGCCACAAUGUAGUCGAAAAAGAUCUAUGUUUUUCAGAAAAUUUGAUCAAAUUCAAUUAUGAAGAGUCAUUUUCCAAAUUUGAACAAAUAUUCAAAAAAGAAGAGACUACGUACAAGAAAGAAGAAGGUAAAAUGAAGAUGAAAAAUGAUAAAAAGAGGGGAAAAAAGCCUAACUUAUUCAAUCGGCCAUUUUUAAAUUUAAAUAAAUUACUUAAAUUUUUCAAUUAAACUAAUAAAACAGUUUAUGUAAGAGUCUUUGACAUACCUCGAAAAUUAAGUGUGCUGAAUGUUACAAAUUACUUUACUAA